AUGCUGCGCAGCCCUCCUCGCCCGCGGCCCGCCCCGGCGCCCCACAAGACUCCGUUCCACAUCGAAGCGCUGCUCGCCCGGGACCCUCCGCGCCGCGGCCCCGCCGCCUUCACCUCCGUUCCCCCGGCUCCGGUGGCCCCGCACUGGCCCGCGGCGGGCCCCGCGCUGGGGCUGGGACCGGGACCGGGACCGGGAUCGGAGCCGGGACCCGGCGGUUGGGGCUGGGGCUGGGGCUGCGCGGCCAUGCGGGGCGGUGCAGGUCUGGAGCUGUCUCACUGUGUAGGAGCCAACUCACUGGGUCCUACUGUGCCCUGGAGGUCUGGGGGGCCCUGCAAGAUGAAGAGGGUGCGCACUGUCUUCAAGCCUGAGCAGCUGGAGCGGCUGGAGCAGGAGUUCCUCAAGCAGCAGUACAUGGUGGGCACGGAGCGGGUGGACCUGGCUGCAACUCUGCACCUCACAGAGACCCAGGUGAAAGUGUGGUUCCAGAACCGGAGGAUCAAGUGGAGGAAGCAGAGCAUGGAGCAGAAGGCAGCAAAGCUGUCGCAGUUUGGGGUGAUACAGCCUGCCACUGCAGACUCCACCGACAUCAAGGACCGCGAGGAGGGCACCGUGGACGUUGAGCUUUGAACAGCUCCUGAGACUCAGCUGCCACUGGUGGUUUCUGAGCCGUGUCUGCUUGAAGGAGAUACCGGGGAUGCAGGAACAUCUUUGCUCCAAGUGAGGCACGCUCCAGAUCCAAAAGCUAUAGGACUAAAGUGCAGCUGGCUGGGAGGAGUCCCAUGAAUGCUGUUGGGCUGCUGU